AUGAGGCUUACGUUGGCACUGCUGCUUUGUCUGGCUGCGUGCCGGGCCGACGACCUGGCCCAUGCCGCCGGCCAAAUCUUCUCCAACAUUCUGCCCAACUUGAUUUCCAACUCGGUAACGGGCCAGCAAGGUAAUACGGCGACCAAUACUAUCCAGCAAAUAGGCACCGUGGUCGGCGGCGUUGUGGACUAUGCGAAGAAGAAAAGCUACGAGGACAUGUUGCGUCAAGUACAAGACUCGACCACCGACGAGGACAUAUUGAAACUCAGCGAGGAGAUGUUCAACGCCGACAUCAACAACGCAUUGAACUAUAUCAAGGUCAAUCUGCAAGGCAAGACGAGCCCAAUGUCCAAAAACGACGAGGCGCAAUCCAAUCUCCUUGACGUACCAGAAAACGUAUGGAAUGGACCGACGAUUCGACCAUUCGUUGCUCUCUUCGACAACUAUCAUAAGAAUGUUAUUAGACCAGAGUUCGUCACCCCCAACGAGGAGUCAGAACAGACGACGUAUAUCAAUACUAUCUUGGCUACAGGCCCCAUCAGAAGCUUGAUGGCUUUCUUGGUUAACAAGGGACUUACGCAACUAAAUGAAUACAAUGAACAAGUGGAGCUAUUAAAGAAGAUCUGGUUCACAAAGUACGCACGCCAUUGGACUGGCCUCUGCAAAUGCAGUUGCGCUUUCGAGAAUAUUUUUAUGGCGGAAUUGAAGUCAAAUGAUGUUCUUGGUCUUCACAGCUGGUUAUUUUUCGCAAAGAGAGAACUUGAUCGCAAAGCCAACUACCUGGGAUAUAUUGAUAAACUCGAUUUAUCUGGAAAAGGGCUGAUUCUCAAACAGCAUUCGAUCUUAAGCGAGACGAAGGACGCGCCCGAGAUUACAAUGUUCGUCGGGACAUCUCCUGAAUUGGAGACGGCUUUAUACACACUGUGCUUCAUGGCAAGACCCGACAGGCCCUGCAGACUGGGAUACAACAAUGUCCCCUUCACUAUUCAGACUAAGACUCUGAAAUCCGAUAACGUACUCCUUAUCGAUACAGCAUACCCAGUCUUU